CUAAACGACACGCAGCGAGUCGACCCGGCCAUAAACGACACGCAGCGAGUCGACCCGGCCAUAAACGACACGCAGCGAGUCGACCCGGCCAUAAACGACACGCAGCGAGUCGACCCGGCCAUACACACUACCCCAGUUUGUCUACAGCCUGCGCUGGGCCCCACUAGCUACGCUAUGCCAGAUGGAGAGCGGAGCCCGUUGCUUUCAGACCAGCACGAUGGGACGAAUGGUGCCUCGUAUGGCUUUUCCCCGAAGCCACAGAGUGAGUAGCUAGCUAUAACAAUAACAGUAGCUAGCUGGCAUUGGCUAGGUUACUUAGCUGGCUAGCUAACAACAAUAGCUAGCUACCUAGCUAGCAACAGUAGCUAACUAGCUUGCUAAGGUCAACUAGCUAGCUUAGCUGGAUGCACCAUAAACUGUCUAGCUAGCUAGUUUAUUAACAGCUCAGCUAUUUGCUGUUGAUGAUUUUGCAACUUUUUUUCCCCCCGUAGCUACUAGAUAGCUGAAUAGUAACUACCUAGCCUAGUAGAAGAGGAAAUCUAUCCAGCAAUAACAACUGGUUUCACUUCCAUAUUCUAUUUCUAGCCAGUCAUGUGUACUCAGAAGUGAAAGCUUUUGUGUGAACGAAACAUUCUUGUUUCUUCUCAUUGCCUUACCCUCUCUCUGCCUCCUCCCAUAUUCCAUCCUCCUCCUACUCUGUCCCCCUCUCCCCAUCUUUCCUAUUUCCCCCACCCCCCCUCCACCUCUCCCCCCACCCCUCUCCCUCAGGUUUCCCUCCAUUCCCCAGCCCCAGUGACCCCCCUCCAGUCUUGCUCGGUGAAGCCCCCCCUCCCUACUCUCCCCUGGGCAGCCCAGACAGUGUCAGCUCCCCAAUCAUCAGUUGUAGGUAGGUAGCCCAGCAACACACACACACACACACACACACACACACACACACACACACACACACACUUUCUCUCUAUACAUCCUACCCUGAGGACCUGCUCGUCUGUAGCUCAGCUGGUAGAGCAUGGUGCUUGUAACGCCAGGGUAGUGGGUUCGAUCCCCGGGACCACCCAUACGUAAAAAUGUAUGCACACAUGACUGUAAGUGGCUUUGGAUAAAAGCGUCUGCUAAAUGGCUUAUUAUUAUUAUUAUUAUUAUUAUUAUUAUUAUUAUUAUUAUUAUUAUUAUUACCCCAGCAGCUAAGCAGAUGGACCUGUAGCCGAAAGGUUGCCGUUUUUGAAUCCCUGGCCGGUAGAAUACCCGUAGGGGUUAAACAUUUAGCAGAAGGCAAAUCUGUUGUUUGCUUUAACAUAUGCACUAUAAAGUUGUAUUGUACUGUAUUAUAGGGUGUGUCAGAGUGCCAUCGGCGUGGAGGGAAGGACACACCAACACGUAGUCAAGUGUGUCAUCUGCAAUGAGGCUACGGUGAGCAGAACACAGACAACAGUUCUAUGUACUUACAGCACACACACACACACACACACACACACACACUGAUCACUGAUGGAAGGAUACUAUUAAGUAGUUAUCAGAACUAACUCUUAUCACCGUCUCUCUCUCUCUCUCUCUCUAGCCUAUAAAGAAUGCUCCAGCAGGGAAGAAGUAUGUCCGCUGCCCCUGUAACUGUCUCCUCAUCUGUAAAGUCACCUCCCAGAGGAUCGCCUGUCCCCGACUUUACUGGUGAGAGACGUGGAGGUAGGGAAAGACGGGUAGAGAGAAAGAAAGACGGAGACGAGGGGAUAGAGAGAGGAGGGAGGGUAGAGAGAGAGGACAAGGUUUGGCAGGGAGAGGGAUAAGAGUGGAGGGAUCUAGAGUAGUCGAUUCUGUUACUGAUCUAGACUAGAGUCCAUUCUGUUACUGAUCUAGACUAGAGUCCAUUCUGUUACUGAUCUAGACUAGAGUCCAUUCUGUUACUGAUCUAGACUAGAGUCCAUUCUGUUACUGAUCUAGACUAGAGUCCAUUCUGUUACUGAUCUAGACUAGAGUCCAUUCUGUUACUGAUCUAGACUAGAGUCCAUUCUGUUAGUUCUCCCUCAACGUGAUCAAGACAAAGGAGAUGAUUGUGGACUACAGGAAAAAUAAGGGACCAAGCACUUCUUCUCUUGUUCUCUCUGCUACCGCAUGGCAAGCGGUACCGGAGCGCCAAGUCUAGGUCCAAGAGGCUUCUAAACAGCUUCUACCCCCAAGCCAUAAGACUCCUGAACAUCUAAUCAAAUAGCUACCCAGACUAUUUGCAUUGUCCACCCCACCCCCAUCUUUUACACUGCUGCUAGUCUCUGUUUAUUAUCUAUGCAUAGUCACUUUAACUCUGCCCACAUGUACAUAUUACCUCAAUUACCUCGACUAACCAGUUCCCCAGCACAUUGACUCUGUACCGGUACCCCCUGUAUAUAGCCUCACUACUGGUAUUUUAUUUUACUGCUGCUCUUUCAUUAUUUGUUACUUUUAUUUCAUAUUAUUUUAUAUUGUGGUUUUUAGUUUGUUCUUUUUCUUGGUAUUCUUUUCUUUAAACUGGCAGUUGUUGAUUUGAAGGGGGCUGUAAGUCAAGACAAUUUCCACUGUAAUGUCCUACAACCUGUUGUAUCGGAGCAUGUGAACAAAUUACAAUUUGAUUUCAUCUAGGCUAGAGUCAGAUUCAUGUUAACUGAGCUAGUGUGUGUUGUGUGUGCUUGGUGUGUAUGUUUUUUUUGUUUUGUUUGGGUGGUGUUGGGUGUGUGGUGUGAUGAGUGUGUAUGGUGUGUGUGUGUGUAUGUGUCUGUGUGUGUGUGUGUGUGUGUGUGUGGGGGGUGUGUGUGUGUGUGUGGUGCUGUGUGUGUGGGUGUGUGUGUGUUGUGUGUGUUGUGUUGUGUGUGUGUGUGUCUGUGUGUGUGUGUGUGUGUGUGCUUGCGUGUGUCUGUGUGUGUGCUUGCGUGUGUCUGUGUGUGUGUGUGUGUGUGCUUGCGUGUUCUAGUAAGCGUAUCAUCAACUUGGGUCCGGUGCAUGGUGCUGCAGGGUCGGGUUCAGACAGUCCACAACCUCAACAACUUGCUGGGGUCAGAGUGGUCUGUGGACACUGCAGAAACACAUUCCUGGUAGGACCACACGUGUGUGUGUGUGUGUGUGUGUGCGAGGGAGGGGGGGGGUGUAGUAGUAGUAGUCUAUACUAACAGUAGUAAUAAUAAUAAGUGCACUGUGUGUGUUGUCAGUGGACUGAGUUCUCAGACAGAACGUUAGCCAGAUGCCCCCACUGCAGAAAAGUGUGAGUCCAAAUACCUUCUUACCAGUUUAUUCCUUUUACCGAUCUUCAACUCUGUUCCUGUACUGAUUUCCUGUGUAUCUCUGUUGCAGCUCUUCUAUUGGUCGGCGGUACCCCAGGAGGUGGGGCUUGUGGUGUUUCCUGUUGUUUCUGGUUUUCUCUGGCGGCACGGCCGGACUAGUGGUGAGUUUAGUAUAUGAAGAUAUUUACUAUUUCAGUAGCAUAGUAACCAUAGGUGUGUGUGUAUAGGUGGGAACGUGGAAGCCAGCCUUGAGGGAUUUAUGCCUAGUACUCUGACCUCUCUCUCUCUCUCUCUGUCUCUCUCUCUCUCUCUCUCUCUCUCUCUCUCUCUCUCUCUGUCUCUGUCUCUGUCUCUCUCUGUCUCUCUCUCUGUCUCUCUCUCUGUCUCUCUCUCUCUCUGUCUCUCUCUCUCUCUGUCUCUCUGUCUCUCUCUCUCUCUCUCUCUCCCCUCCCCUCUCUCUCUCUCUCCCCCCCCCCCCCCCCCCCCCCUCUCUCUCUCUCUCGGUCUAGGUGGGAACGUGGAAGCCAGCCUUGCUCCACAGAGGGAUCUAUGCCUCCUGGAUCUUCCUGAUUCUCCUGGCUCUACUGAGCAUGUGCAGAAUGAUCUACUGGGGCUGUCUGAAGAUCAGCGAUCCUUUACAGAACAUCACAUAGAGGGAGAGAGGGGAACCAGGGAACCCCUGAU